AUGCCAUAUGACCUGAAGCGGUCCGGUUCGCAUUCGACGAACAUGGAGAUGGAGCCUCCCACCCCAGGUUCUGACGAAGCCAAGAUGACGGCCGCCGACAAGAAGCGGAACAAGCUGGGCUACCACCGCGCGACAACAGCCUGCACGUGUUGUCGACACCGGAAGAUCCGGUGUCAGCCUGGCCCUCCUGGACAUAGGUGCAAGAUGUGUGAGAAGCUUAACAAGGAGUGCAAAUUCGAGUCCGUGACCCACCCGGUGUCAUCAGACUCACGCACUUCCUCAAUAUCGAGGCCGUCUGGAGGACACAGAGGCGUCUCAGGAACCCUGUCUUCGUCGCCAGGAGUGUCGAGCGCACGCCUCGGAGAUGUGCACGGCACGCAUCACGGAUCCAUGACGAUCCCCUCUGUCCAACACAUGGGACUUGCAGAGUCAUCAGACAUGAAGAUGGGUUCCGGAUCGCUAGCCCGUUCUGCGUAUCCUGAUUUCAACAACCAAGGCAUAGCUGCAAACUGGUCCAUGGCGGGAUCCACGAGCGGGCCUGGUCGAGGAAAACACAGCUCCUGGGGCCCCUAUGGGGGUCACGAGUCCGGCCCGCCAGCACUCGGCCCAAGCGCAUUUCCCCCGUACAGCCACGGCCACGGCCACAGGCACACGCCUCCCUCCGGAGUGCCAGGAGGAUGGGCCGAAUCGUCCAGCAGAAACGACAUGCCGUGGCCCGCGUACGCGCCGCAGCAGGCAGGACAACAACAACCCUUCUCGCCCACGUCUGCGUACGAUGGCAAGACGCCUUCGUCGUCGUCAACAGCGGCGAUGACAGCAGCCGAGAUGUACCCGCCUCUGCCAAAUAUGGCACCAGAGCCCCACGCCGGGGUGUCCUCAUCGUCGAUUGCGUCCGCGACGGGCCCAGUCUCGCAGUCGGGCGGAUACGGCGUGUGGGGACAACACGGCUAUGCUCCCGUCCCGAGCAAGUCGAGCGGUUUCACCGGUGGCUGGUACUCACAGGCAGAAAGCGGCGACCAUGGCUCACAGGCCCCAAUGACGACUGCACUGCCAGUCUCUGAUGGGUACACUUACCACCGAUGA